GCCUCUGGUAUUGGGAAGUGCGCAUGCGUGUUCGGCCAUGUUGGUAGGUUUCUGAUGUGGUGACUUCGCUGUUUCACCGGCUUGUUGCAGUGUCUUGUUGUCCGGUGCGCACAGAAUCCGUCGGUUUGGAAGAGUGAAAUCUGAACACGGAACAAAAUGUCUCGAAGAUAUGAUUCCAGGACUACUAUAUUUUCCCCUGAGGGCCGUCUGUAUCAAGUAGAAUAUGCCAUGGAGGCUAUUGGACACGCCGGCACCUGCUUGGGAAUUUUGGCAAACGAUGGAGUAUUACUGGCAGCUGAGAGACGGAAUAUACAUAAGCUGCUUGAUGAGGUCUUUUUCUCAGAGAAAAUAUAUAAACUAAACGAUGACAUGGCUUGCAGCGUGGCAGGAAUCACUUCAGAUGCCAACGUUUUAACAAAUGAGCUGCGGUUAAUUGCUCAAAGGUAUCUCCUACAGUAUCAGGAGCCGAUUCCUUGUGAACAGCUGGUCACCGCUCUGUGCGAUAUUAAACAAGCUUAUACACAGUUUGGAGGUAAACGUCCCUUUGGUGUCUCUCUGCUGUACAUUGGUUGGGACAAACACUAUGGAUUCCAACUGUACCAAAGUGACCCCAGUGGAAAUUAUGGAGGCUGGAAAGCAACAUGUAUUGGCAAUAACAGUGCAGCUGCGGUGUCGAUGCUGAAACAAGAUUACAAGGAGGGAGAAAUGACCCUGAAGGCUGCUCUUGCAUUAGCUGUUAAAGUUCUGAACAAGACUAUGGAUGUUAGUAAACUGUCUGCUGAAAAGGUGGAAAUUGCUACAUUAACCAGAGAAAAUGGAAAAACUAAGAUACGAGUCCUGAAACAAAAAGAGGUAGAAGAACUAAUUAAACUGCAUGAAGAGGAAGAAGCUAAAAUAGAGAAAGCGAAGAAGGAAAAAGAAUUGAAAGAAAAGGACAAAUGAACCUGAUGAAACAAUAUAACUUGUCAGCGCUUGUGGAUUUCUGUUUAUUUCCAAAUCUUUUCUGCUGUGAAUUACAUUGUCUCAAACCUGUAAUCAUUUGAUUCUUUACUUCCUAUCACCCAUCUCACUUUUUGUAUAAAAUAAAACUGAAAUUAGUUUUUCUUAAA